AUGCCGCUCCCGCUCCACAUACGAUCCGCCUUGAGACAGCCGUCUUGCAGGCCUCGGCCCCGCCUUUCCAGUCUCGCGCGUCGCAAGCUUCACCUGGCGCCUCCGUGGCUGCUCGACGACUACAUCCCGCGGUACCAUCUCAUAUCGUCCAUUGACGCAGCGAAGAAGCGGUCGGAGGCGUAUGCGCAUCUGCGGGAGUGCAAUCUGUGCCCCAGGCUCUGUGGGGUCAACCGGUAUGAGAAGACGGGCGUGUGCUUGAUCGGGGCGGAGACGGUAAAAGUCAACACCAUUGCGCCGCAUUUCGGAGAGGAGCCGUGCCUGCAAGGGCACAACGGGUCCGGCAGCGUAUUCUUCUCGGGCUGCAACCUGCGCUGUGUCUUCUGCCAGAACCACGAUAUCGCCCACCAGCGCAACGGCUUUGACCUGACGCCCGAGCAGCUCGGCGAGUGGUACAUGAAGCUGCAGGAAGUCGGCCACUGCCACAAUAUCAACCUCGUCACGCCCGAACACGUCGUCCCGCAGGUGGUGCUCGCCAUCCUCCACGCGCGCGAGCUGGGUCUGCGUCUGCCCAUCGUCUACAACACGUCAUCCUUCGACUCGCUCGAGAGCAUACAGCUGCUGGAUGGGCUGAUUGACAUAUACUUGCCCGACUUCAAGGUGUGGAGCGAUAAGACCAGCAAGAGGCUGCUGAAGGCGGACCACUACACGGCGACGGCCAUGGAGAGCAUCAAGGCCAUGCAUGCCCAGGUCGGCGAUCUCUGCUUCACGGCAGACGGCAUCGCAAAGAAGGGCGUCUUGGUGAGGCACUUGGUCAUGCCGGGCAAGGAAGACGAGGGGCGCGAGAUUGUCAAGUGGCUGGCCGAGAAUGUGUCGAAGGACAUGAUGGUGCACAUCAUGGAGCAGUACUUUCCCCGCGCUCACGUGGGGAAGCCGCGACGGGGCGCGAGAGAUGACGACGCCGUGGUGGAGCCGGGCGGCGUGCCCGCAUCCGGGGAGACCAAGGCCAAAGUGCGCUACGAGGACAUCAAUCGCCCGGUCGAUCUGAGCGAGGUGUCUUCGGUCAAGAGGGCGGCUGAAGAAGCCGGCCUGUGGCGGUUCGUCGAGCCAGCGAGGCACGGAGGCUUCAAUAUAUGA